AUGACAUUUCAUUUUUAGGAUAAUAUGCAUAUUGAUUUUUAUUGGGUCUAUAAAAUUAUGAAUUAAAAGUAAUUGUUUAUCAAAAAAUCUAAUUAUUUUCAGAAAUCUUUAUUUUGGGCAGUUUUAAAAAUUUAAUCCUUACUAUACCAAAAAUAUGGUCUCUCUAUUUGUACCAAUUAAUACAUUCUUUAAUAAUUUAAAUAUUCAAAAUCAAUCAAAGAAUUUUCAUCUAUGAUAAUUAAUCAUCUAUCUUUUAUCCUCUAAAUGAUGAUUUACUUAUUACCAAUUAAAUCUUUUGUUGAUGUUAUUUUUCUAAACUUGAUUUUAAUAAUAUUUCUAUCUUAUAAUUUGUAAAUUUUAUUGAUAUUUUUUGUAUCUUCAUAAAAGAACUAAUUAAAGAUUAUUAUUUAGAUAAAUUUCUAGGUUAAUAUAAAUUAAUUUUUUUCUCCAUAAUUGAGUAAUCCAUCAUUGUUAUAAAUUAAGAAUUGCUUACGCUUAUUUUAUUUUAUGUUUUAUUCAUAAAGAUACUAUAAAAUUAGAAUUAAUUUACUCUAAUUUUUUAAAUGA